AUGAUUAACAUCUUCAAUUCUCCAAUUGAUCCGUCACAAUUGGAUGAGUUUGCUCAGGGAAAACAGGAUGAGAACGGUGUGGAGACGAAGAUUUUUGACGUGAAGAAGCGAAAACCACAAGUAACGUAUGGCAGUGAUGGGCGACGAAUGUUGGACGGUAUUGUUGAACAACAACAAGAAUCAAAUACUCUUUGGACAACGACAAUUUCACGGGGAGUCGCCAAUGAAUGGCGUGAAGAGGCGACUGGAACACGUCUUCAGAAGACGAAGAGAUAUAUCUAUAAAGUGUCGUAUGAUGCCCAAGUGCUGGUCCGUCAGACGUAUCGCCGCCACGCGACUGCCAUCCUCAUCGCCACGAAUUUGACACUUUUCCUAUUGUUUUUGUACAUUUGUCGACUAUUUCCAUUCAAUAAAUAA